CUCCCCCACGCGCUGCCGCGGCCGCCGCAGGAGCCCAGAGCUCAAGCCGCCCGGCGACUCCCCCUCCCCCUCCCCAGCCCCGCCCCGCCCGGAGCCGGGGCUCCCGAGUCGGAGCCGAGUCUGCGCCUGGGGGAGGACCAUGCGGCAGUAGCAGCCAUGCUGCCAUUCUUGCUGGCCACACUGGGCACCGCGGCCCUCAACAGCAGCAUCUCCAAGGACUACUGCUACAGCGCCCGGAUCCGAAGCACUGUCCUACAGGGCUUGCCCUUUGGGGGCGUCCCCACUGUGCUGGCUCUGGACUUCAUGUGCUUCCUUGCCCUGCUGUUCCUCUUCUCCAUCCUCCGGAAGGUGGCCUGGGACUAUGGGCGGCUGGCCUUGGUAACAGAUGCAGACAGGCUUCGCCGGCAGGAGAGGGAGCGAGUGGAGCAGGAAUAUGUGGCAUCAGCUAUGCAUGGGGACAGCCAUGACCGGUAUGAGCGUCUCACCUCCGUCUCCAGCUCCGUCGACUUUGACCAAAGGGACAACGGUUUCUGUUCCUGGCUGACAGCCAUCUUCAGGAUAAAGGAUGACGAGAUCCGGGACAAGUGCGGGGGCGACGCUGUGCACUACUUGUCCUUCCAGAGACACAUCAUCGGGCUGCUGGUCGUCGUGGGCGUCCUCUCCGUGGGCAUCGUACUGCCUGUCAACUUCUCAGGGGACCUGCUCGAGAACAAUGCCUACAGCUUCGGGAGAACCACCAUUGCCAACUUGAAAUCAGGGAAUAAUCUCCUCUGGCUGCACACCUCCUUUGCUUUCCUGUACCUGCUGCUCACCGUCUACAGCAUGCGGAGACACACCUCUAAGAUGCGCUACAAGGAGGACGACCUGGUCAAACGGACUCUCUUCAUCAAUGGAAUCUCCAAAUAUGCAGAGUCAGAAAAAAUCAAGAAGCAUUUUGAGGAGGCCUACCCCAACUGCACGGUGCUGGAAGCCCGGCCCUGUUACAACGUGGCUCGUCUUAUGUUCCUUGAUGCCGAGAGGAAGAAGGCUGAGCGGGGAAAACUGUACUUCACGAACCUGCAGAGCAAGGAAAAUGUACCCACCAUGAUCAACCCCAAACCGUGUGGCCACCUCUGCUGCUGUGUGGUUCGAGGCUGCGAGCAGGUGGAGGCCAUUGAGUACUACACAAAGCUGGAGCAGAGGCUGAAGGAAGACUACAGGCGGGAGAAAGAGAAGGUGAACGAGAAGCCACUUGGCAUGGCCUUCGUCACCUUCCACAACGAGACCAUCACAGCCAUCAUCCUAAAGGACUUCAACGUGUGUAAAUGCCAGGGCUGUGCCUGCCGUGGGGAGCCGCGCGCCUCUUCCUGCAGCGAGGCCCUGCAUAUCUCCAACUGGACCGUGACCUAUGCCCCUGACCCCCAGAACAUCUACUGGUGAGCCGUAGCAGGUGGAAUG